CGCCGGGGCCCGUCGCCGGCCGCGCUGCGUGCCCACUGUGCCAGCCGCCGCGCUCGGGGCCGGGGAGCGGGCCGCGCGCCGCCGCCGCUUCGCGCUCACGCCCGCGGGCCCGCCCGGGGCUCGGCUGGUGCCACGGGAGGCCGCGGGCCGAGCCGGACGCGCCGUGGCCGCCGGAGAGGAGCAGGAGGAGGAGGAGGGGCCGGCGGAGCGGGCGGGGGGCCGCCGCAGCCCCCCGCGGACGCCCGAGGUGCACCCGGCCCCUGUGACCCACAGCAAGGUGGAUCUGCCUCGCGUGCCCAGAGGAGGACGAUGUCUGCUGGUCUGUAGAGAUGGUCCGUUCCGCCCGGCGGAAGCUGAGCGAAUGAGACUAUGGGCUGUGCCUCCGCCAAGCAUGUCGCCGCUGUUCAGAACGAAGAGGAGGCCCAGAAGGGGAAGAGCUUCCAGAAUGGAGAUGUAUUUGGUGAUGAAUACAGAAUCAAGCCGGUGGAGGAGGUCAGGUACAUGAAGCCUGGGGCCGAGGACGAGCAGAAGAUCAUGGCCAGGAACCAGGAGAACCUGGAGAAAAGCGCAAGUUCCAGUGCAAGACUCAAGACGAGUAAAGAGGUCCCGGGCUUAGUACACCAACCCCGAGCAAACAUGCACAUCUCCGAGAGCCAACAGGAAUUCUUCAGGAUGCUGGAUGAAAAAAUCGAGCAGGGUCGCGACUACUGUUCGGAAGAGGAGGACGUCUCAUAGCGCUGCUGCCGCCACCUGGCCCAGCAGCGACUACUGUGUACAUAGGUUCCACCCCAGUGCCGUCCGAGCAGAUGGCAGUCCUCCGGCCAGCGGCAGUCCAGCGAGACAGGCCUGCGCCACGUCGUCUGCCCCAUCCGGUCACCGUGUCUCCGCUCCACACUGAGAACCAAACUGUUAGCUGAGUGUCCUCAUUGCUGAUUGUCCCAGCUCGUCGCAUCCCUCCCCUUCCACGCACAGGCUGGCUCCAGGACGGCCGU